ACGAAAUCUAUAAAAUGUGGGAGAAAGAAAAGGAAAAGUCAACGCGCAAAACACCUUGUACGGAGAUUAGGCAGUAGAGAGACCAGAGAGAGAUGGGGUGCUUCUCUUGCUUCGACGGCGGCAACAAGCAACGGAGAAGGGAAGAAGAAAGGCUGGCCUCUGAAGAAGCUCGUGCUAAAGCCGCUGAAGCCGCCCAGAAAAGGCAAGAGCAAUUUGAAAAAUCUCCUGCAGGAAGAGCUGCACGUGCACAGCAACAGGGGCUUGCAAAGCAAGCUGCAAACUCUAACAAAGGCGAACCAGCUCUAAAGUGGCAGAUGACUUGAGAUGAAGCUUUUUGUUUUUUCAACCCAAUUGUCCGUGUAAGUUGUGUUUAUAAUAAGAUUUAAAUGUAUCUUCUUGGAGUUCCCGCAAUUGAUAUGACUCUAGAGCAAAUGCAACAUCAACAAAGUUUAUUCUUAUGUUUUGAUUAUGAUGUAAAAAAGCACUAUAAUAAGCUAAAAUGCAUGUUUGUUUCUUCUGUAAUAUUCCACCCAUGCCUUUGGCGAUUCUAUCUCCUCUUGUUAUCUUUGUGCGGCAAGUUUUUAGCCCCUUUAGCUUGUAUAUAUUAACUCCGGCUUUAUGUAGGUUCAAAAUUGCUGAUGUAGAAGGGUAUAGGUAUUGGCCAUGACUUUUAGUCAUUUAUAAAUAUAGAGUAAUGUCUCGUGCCUUCAGUUUUGUUCCCAAUUCCAGCACGAGGCUCCAUCAAAUCUCCCUACGGCUUUUAGCAUCUCUCAUUAGACCAAUAUGAUCGCAAGGACAGCCGAAUAUGUAAAUAUUAUGAUACAUGGUUUUUUUUUUUUUUCGAGUCUUUAUUGAAAAGGUACUCGGGAUUUCUAAGCUUUUUGAGUUUAUCAAUUUGAGCCUUCUGUC